AUGACCGUGUCAUCCACUGGUGCGGUUGCAUGGAAUAUUCAUGCGUUGGGACCCGUCAGGUCCGUCACAAGCAGCCCUGGCAGAGAUCUUGCGGCGGUGGAUGCCAUGUUGGGCCUUGGAACGAUCCCUGUGGUGAUCGCCUCGACCCGAAGCGAACCAGCCCCGACUCUCAUCGCCGAGGCCAGGGAUUCCGUGACGAAUGAAUGCCUUGCCGGCUCUGCUAAACUCACCCCAUUGGGACGACUUGUCCGACCACUGAGAGGCCAAGCCCACGGCCACAGGCAAGACCACGGGUGCCAUCACAAUGUACCACGAUCCCCGUACGUUUGGCGAAAUACCAACAACUCGUCGAGGCUGGUAGAUGAUGCUGCCAUGUCCCUCUACAUUCUAAGGCUGUUUGUCGAACCCCAUAGCCCGCGACUGGUAGUAGAUGCCACCAGGAAAUGGUACGAUUCCAUGGUUCCAGCCCUAACUAUAGUAGGAGGGGGUGGGCUCUUGGUAAAUGUCCCCAAUACCGCUGCUGGUCGACUCCCUGCUGUGGUCGACAAAAGGCGAGCGUCACAUAGUGAAAGAUCAACACGACUCCGGCACGUUGACCCCGACCUGGCCGAUUGCUGGGUCUCGUCUCAGAAUUGUGUGACCAGGGGGGGAGUGGUAUCCGGGGCCAUUACAAUCAUCAUUUUGAUUGUUCAAAAUCGAGGCUGUUCGAUGCCGGAACAGCGAGGCGCGACGAAAUUUCAAGCACGUAACAGCGAAGCUUUUGGCGCCGUGGAUCGAGAACGCUUGAGAUUGACCAUUUCCCAGGAGAUGGUGUCGAAGCGCGCAGCAUUUUUAGUCAUGGCCCUUCGAAUGUGA